UGGGUGUGUUCAUGCUGCGUGGGAGUGUGUGUGUGCUGUGUAUGCAUUUUGUCGCUCAUCCAUUCACUACUAGACUCACUCGUGACACACAAUGAGGACUAAGGCACCCGAGGACAUCUGCUUUCCUGGUUGACAUCACAUUUUUAUGAACUAAGACACCACUGAGCGAACACAGCUUUUACUUUAUCUUCUUUGUAAGAUCAUUUCAAAGACUGACGAACGUCUGAAGCCCAGGGGGUCCUUGUUAUCUGCAAGUCUUCACAGUUUGUGUUUGAGUUGUGUUUGCUGUCCCUCCAUCAUGGGUGCAUUCAUUGCUAAAAUGCUGCUUCCGACAGUCAGCAGCCUGGUGUUCCUGCCUACAGCCAGCGUGGCCGCCAAGAGGGGCUUCCACAUGGAGGCCAUGGUCUACUUCUUCACCAUGUUCUUCACUGCGAUCUAUCAUGCAUGUGAUGGACCGGGUCUCUCUAUCCUGUGUUUCAUGAGGUAUGACGUUCUGGAGUACUUCAGUGUUUACGGCACGGCUCUCUCCAUGUGGGUCACACUGAUAGCUCUGGGAGACUUUGAUGAACCACAGCGCUCCAGUAUAACCAUGUUUGGGGUGUUGACCAUCACAGUGAGGAUCUACCAGGAUCGCUGGGGCUAUGGGAUCUACUCUGGACCCAUCGGUUCGGCUGUCUUCAUCAUCACCGUAAAAUGG